AUGUGGGAUGAUUCACUAUAUUUCAAUGUCGAUGAAGAGAGCCUUGGAACAAUUCCAAUGUGUCAUAUUCGUGGUGAUAGUUAUUUUGACACUCCAUGGAGGUAUUUUGGGGAGUCUCAAGACCGUUUGCAUCUUAUAGAAAUUUGUGACCCCUGCAAAACACACUUCAGUGUUUAUGAGAUGAAGAAAGACUACUCUGAGUGGUUUUUGAAGUACUCUGUUGAUCUUGAUGAUCUUCUGACAACAUUCCCUGAGAUGACCCGAAGUAACCCAAACUCAGUGUACUUUGAUCGUUAUGCUUUCUCUAUACUUUCUCUUGUUCGGGGGGAGAAAGAUGAGGAGUCAUUUUUGGUGUUGUACAUUCCUGGUAAGGCCAUACGUUACAAUCUUGUGAAUAGGACUUUCUGGAAGCUCUGUGAUAUUAAGGCAAUGACCGGAAAGCACUCUUUGGACUAUAAUGGAUGGCCUGAUGUUUAUGAAUACAUUGAGUCUCAUGCUUCUGUAUCAAUCAGAGGUGAGACCUUGAGAGCUUCGAAAUUAGAGACCCUCAAAAGCUUCAAUAGGAGAGACAAACGCGAACGGAAAGGUGAAGAAGCCAAAGUCUUCGAAGUUGAAGGGGCUAGAUACUUCCACCCAUAG